AUGGCUCCUGUUUCUAAAGCUUCAAAGAAAAUCUUUGAUUAUGUGGUUAUUGGCGGUGGUUCAGGUGGUAUGGCAGCAGCGCGUCGAGCCUCUGGUAUUCACGGCGCAACAGUUGCCCUGAUUGAAGCCCAUAGUGUUCUGGGCGGUACCUGUGUGAAUGUUGGCUGUGUUCCAAAGAAAGUGAUGUGGAAUACCGCUUCCAUCUAUGAGACUUUACGUCAAGCCAAAGGGUAUGGCUACGAAUUUGGGCCGGUUCAAUUCAACUGGUCUAUCAUCAAGAAUAAACGCGAUGCCUAUAUCAAGCGCUUAAAUGGUAUUUACGACACCAACCUUCAAAAAGAAAAAAUUGAACAUUUCCAUGGUCAUGCCAGUUUUGUGAAUGAAACCACCAUCAACAUUACAAAGGAAGGUAGCGACCCUAUCGAGAUCCAAGGUCAGCAUAUUUUGAUUGCUACUGGUGGUCACCCCAUUAUUCCCAACGUCCCUGGAUCCGAACUUGGUAUCAGCUCAGAUGGAUUCUUUCAGUUGGAAGAACAACCCAAGCGUGUGGCUGUGGUAGGCACGGGUUACAUCGGUGUUGAAAUUGCAGGUAUUUUUCAUGCACUCGGCACAGACGUCACCAUCUUUUCUCGUACAAAGCAAAUCUUGAGAAAGUUCGAUCCCAUUGUCAAGGACACCUUACUCAAGCAUAUGCAAAGUCAAGGCGUCAAAUUCACUUUUGAUUCCAAAGUAACCUCUCUCAAGAAAUCAGAGGAGGGCAUCACAGUGGAGUUUGUGUCGGAUGGACAGAAGGGUGAAAUCGAGGUGGAUGUGGUACUUUGGGCUGUUGGUCGUGCUCCCAAUACAAAGGGUUUAAACCUGGAAGCUGCUGGUGUCAAGCUCGAUGACAAGAAGCAAAUUAUUGCGGAUGAAUAUCAAAAUACUACCGUAAAGAAUAUCUAUUCCCUUGGUGAUGUGGUUGGCAAAGCUGAAUUAACUCCAGUCGCAAUUGCUGCUGGUCGCAAGCUCUCCGAUCGUCUCUUUGGUGGUCCCCGUUUCAGUACUUCUAAGCUGGACUAUGUCAAUAUUCCUACCGUUGUAUUCUCUCAUCCCACAAUCGGUACCGUUGGCUAUACGGAAGCUGAAGCUCGUGAGAAAUAUGGAGAUGAGAAUAUCAAGAUUUACGAAACUAGAUUUGGUAACAUGUAUUUUAGCGUUCUUGAUGAAAAGGAGCCCACGGCUUAUAAGCUUAUCGUCACUGGACCCGAAGAGAAAGUUGUCGGCCUUCAUAUGAUUGGUAAAGACAGUGAUGAGAUCCUUCAAGGCUUUGGUGUUGCUAUUCGUAUGGGUGCAACAAAGGCUGAUUUUGACUCUUGUGUGGCUAUCCAUCCUACAUCAUCUGAAGAAUUAGUUACCUUGCGUUAG